CACGUAAAGAUGUACCCGCUGCAAUUUGUUCACGAACCAAGAAGCUGUCAAUGACAGCUGGCAUGUGCUACGGUUUAUGAACGGACUCUGAUUUGUGGCGAUCGUUUGCAUCAAUGACAUGAACUGUCUUACGGAUGCGAAAAAAUACUCCACCACAAAGGAAGCUUGGUAUAUAAGCGUCAAGUAGAUGGGUACAAAUAGCUGGCAUGUUUUCUCCGUUCCUACCGCUUAAAAUGCCAGACAUGCCUUCUGCGGCUCUUUCUAUAACGCUCGAGGAAAACUUCCUGGAAUUAUCUCUCUACACCUCGGCUAAAGUGCUCGUGCUGUAUGACUAUCUCCUGACCAUCGGCGACGAGUACCAUUACAUAUGGAAAGCCAGACUUUCUUUCCCGUGUGUACUAUUUUAUGCCUGCAGGUAUAGUGCAGUCCUUAGCUGCGCCGUCACGGUCUGGUCAAUGAUGUCCUUGGCAACUUGGUCUACACCGGCGAGCUGUAUUGCGAUCAUGAUUUUACAGAUGGUUUGCGACACCGUUCUUUUGACCAGUGCUGCUGUUUUUGCAGCUCUUCGCAUAUAUGCAAUCUAUAGAGGUUCUAAAUCUGUCUUUGCGCUGGUGUUACUUCUGAGCCUCGUUAAUCCUGCCCUAACAUCGUAUUCAUUCGUGGUAACGCGCUCGCACGCUUUGCUACUUCCUGACUCUCAAGCAACGUGCUGGGUGACGUCAAGUAUCUCAGGAAGUAUAUAUGAUAAGUGGGUAAUUGGUGGCAGGGCAGCAUCUGUCUUGGCAGAUAUCAUCGUGUUUGUCUUGACAUGGCUGGAAACCCGCCAAUCCAGAGAAAACAGCCUGGAAAACGGGCUGCAUAACUUGAUGCUUAUUAAUACUGCGUGGUCUUUCGCAAUACUAUCCGUCACUAAUGUUGUCAGUAUCGCAAUAUGUCAUCUCGACGCAACCUCUUUCUCAGAGCCAUUCGCUGUUUGGACAGCUGCGCUGACAUCAAUGACACUAUCACGCCUCAUGCUGAAUUUGCGCAAAGCUCCUGCAAAUCGAAAUCCGACUUGUCCGUCCUCGUUCACGUUAUUCACUAUGACCUUGGACGCCAUAGACGAACAUUUGGCUAACAGUGACCUCGACGCACCAGCCGCAAGUAAUGUAACCUCAGGCCUCAAAACGGAGGAUGCAGAGCAGGGACUGGCUCUGCACGACAUCCCUAUCGCCCAACCGUAGCAUGCAUUUUGUACCCUGGCCAGGUUUACAAGGUCGUGGCCAUCGGCUGUUCAUUCGUAUCACAAUGUAUGCAUGACAUCCCUUCCGUUGACAGGCGUCGCCACGGGCCCUUGCUUGAUUUAUCAGUUUUGGCGCACUCUAAUGUCAGAUCAUGCGACGUUGUCUCACUUAGACGCUCAUCCGAACUUGGAAUUGGUUCGGAACGACAGAUCAAGACAUCGACUUUCGUUUUCAGUUAUCAUAUGAAGGUGUCUCAGGCUUGCGCGUCGAUUUCGUCAAGUGACACUGUUGUCAUCUGAAUUGCCCAACCACAGUCGCAGAUUCCAAGGACACACUUUGGUAGGUGGAUGCCUG